AAAAAGGAAGAAGAAGAAUAAGUGAGCAAGAACAUUACUUUUGAAGUUGUAUUUAAUUUAAAAAUGAAUUAUUCAUUUUCAGGGUUGGGCCAAGGUUUGGGCUUUCGCGUACUUGGCAUGUAGUGCUGACACUCCUUUGAGGCUGAUUCAGAGCUUUUCAACUUUCAAUGUAGUUGUUCGAAAACAGGACAGCAAGGUUCUAUGUUUUGUAUGUAGGAAAAGAUUUUGAGAGUCUUGUCUUCACUUUCCUUGCUGUUUCUUUGGAGUUUGUGCUGGAAACCUCUAUUGGUAAGUAACAUGACUGAUCAGGGAUGUAUUAGAAACCUGUUAAAAAAACUUAAAUGACUUGAUCUGUGACAAAGUAAUAGGUCCUACAGUCCACCUCAACGCUUCCAUGGUACUAUACCUUCCAGAAGCAUCUUCUGUAUAUCUACACUAACAAGCCACCAGAUUAUAGUUUCUGGCUUUGGCAAGCUUCAGCUUAUUAUACGUUUAUGUUUUUACAUGUGAAACCUGAAACUAACGAAACAAAUCUAACCUAUACUAAAAGGGUUAUAUGAGGAGUAGAGAAGCUGUCCAGGUCAGCCAAUUAAAUCAUCCAAUCACAGAUAGUAUUUUGACCACGUCAUUGAGGCAAUCUCGAGACUGAUUAAUAGUGGGCUUAUUUGUGUGGGUUUAAUUUAUUUUCCCAUGGCCCCAAAUUUCUCACAUUUAGCAAAAACCUAAUCUUCCUCCCAACUGAUUAAUCGUCUCCGGCCUUUCCUCUCCGUCGUUGUCGUUUCACUUCUGAGUCAUUUAACAUUUUCUUUACUCUCUCUUCUUUUAUGGUUUCGUUCCAACUCCCUACGUUUCUCCUCCUAUAUAAAGUCUUUUGUAUCAACCAAAAACCUACAGCCUCACGGAAAAAGACAAAACUACUGCUGCUAAAUCCACCAGACACUCUCCCGUCUACAGCUGUGCAGCCGAGGAGGUUUCAAGCAGUGGUUCCAUGGUCGGUGCUUUAGUGGCUACCUCCGACUGGUUUACUGAUGGCAGCCAGGGUUUGCAAACAAUGACAGAGACAGAGGAAGAUGUGGAAACCUGCGGAGGAGUAGGGUUCCGAACGGAGCUCAAAGUAUUCAUAUCAGCUUCCUAAGGUAUGGAUUUUAAAGUCUGUAAUAAAUUUGAAACUUCUUGCUACGGUUCAAGGUGUUGUUGUCUACCUUAUGCAGCAGGACAACGUCAAACGUUUUCCUUCCUUUGACCAUUCUAAUUAUAGCAUAUCUUCAGGUCGAUUAAGGACUAGAUUCACUAUAUCAUUGUUUGAGAAUGAGAUCAUUAACCUAAACUUUCAGGUUUAUAAUAUGUUCAAGCUCUGAUUACUUGCAGCUCUUCUAAUUCAUUGUUUAUUCUGCUUAAAUGCAUAUGCAACAACCGGAAUCAUGUGUAUAUGUUAUGUUUUGCAUGUAUUAGCUUUCGAAAAAGACUUUGCAAGUAGAGAUGUUGAAGCUUUUGCAUCUGUUGAUAAAUUCAUCGAAACCAGUGGUGGAGAUUCUGCUGAUAACAUCAGUUGGAUUUUAUAUGGCUUUUGAUGGAGUCAAUCUUCUUGGUCAUGAUACUUAAGAAAUAUUUGAACAGCGUUGGUUAUUACUUAAUUAACUCUUUCUAUUUAUAAAUCUAAUAUACAACUCAACCUUAAUUUUUUUUUUAUGUAUAGAUUGUCUUCUAUGUGUUUAGUCCUUCGCUAUUGGAAACCGUUUAGCUGGUAGCGUAACAUAUGAAAGCUUGGUGAACAUCUGGGUUGUAUUCUCAUCACUAAGCCUUCUUCGCCUAGAUCUUCGUGGUCUCAUUGUUGGUUGAUGUGCGGCUGGGAAUCUGGGAAUAUACCAUCAAUCAUAAUCCCAACUGUUUAUAAAGACAAAGGAGAGGUCUAUUUGAAGAUCCUGAGAAUUGCCACAAAUAUGGAAUGGGUUAUGUUGCACUCUCCAUGGCCGUAAGUAGUCAUCUCACUUCUUCAAAGUUUUAUCGGUGUAUAUUUUAUUUUUGGCAUCAGCCACCAGCUAUACAUAUAUCAUACAGCUAUACAAUGAAGAAAUAAUAAUUUUCAAUUUAUAUAUUUUGUUUUCAAAAAGAAUUAUAACAAUCUUAGUUGUAACAGAUGUAGCUGAGAUUUUGUAACAUACACACAAUUCCCAAAAAUCACCAAGAACCCUUAUUGUUGCACACCUGAAAGAAUAGUUGAUCACGAGUAUGUUUCAAUGAAAAUCAUAAAUCUUCUUUCUGUAAAAAGAAAUAAAAACCCUUUGAAGACUGUUUACGAAGUUGCAGUCGAGUGCUUUGGUUUGGAGAUUUGAAUUACAGAGUUUCUUUAUCCUAUUAAGAGAUGAGUAUUUCUAGAGACAAUGAUUGUGACACACUACUUGAGAAAGACCAGGUUUUGUAGUAGAAAUUAUCUUUAAAACUCAAAUCUUUAUUGAAGACCAAGAUGAGUGUUUCUCUCGAAACUCAGAUUCUCACGCCGGAGAAGCCACUAAGUCUAAAGAAAAACUAUGUACUCAUGCUUGGUUGGUACUAUCCAAAACUCUAGAAACACGUUUUUGUGGUGUGUUUGGAAUGUUUUCAGGUUUGAUCUGAUUCCAUGAGGAGGAGAAGGAAUAGAACUUUCUUAUACUCUAGGAGAAUCACGGUUUUCAGAUCACAGACCGGUUUGUGCAAAUAUUUGCAGGAGAAGUUGUUGUGAAGAGUCUGAGAAACAUAGAUAAUGUUAUUCAUGUGCGGCUGCAAGAUUGGUUGAGGAUUGCACUCCAAACUCAUAGUUUUAACUAAGAUUAUUAUAGUUCUUUUUGAGAACAAAAUAUAUGAUUUUUAAUAGUAAUUUUUCCUCAUUGUGUGUAUGGUUAAUUUUUGGCAUCAGCCGUCAUGAUACAUAUAUGUACUUCAAUGUUAUCAGAUGAGAUCUGUUUGCAUAUGAAGUUAUUGACACUCAACUUUCCAUUAAAUCCAACUAUGACACCUGCAAAGUCCCAUUGAUUUUUCGUGAGAAGAAGAAGAUUAUGACGAUGAGGUCUCUACACUUGAUCAAUAACUAUUCACCCUUGCAGUAACGAGUAAUUACUGUAUUAUGAGUGUGUAACAUGUUAGGAGGUGGACAAAGUCAAUAGAAGAAUGGUUUUACUGUCAGAGUAAAGGAGUGGAAAAGAAAUAAUUGAAAAGAGAAAAUAAAAAUGAAACUGGAAGUAAAGAUUUAUUUUUAAUAUAGAAAAUAUUAAUCUACAAUUAUUCUUUUGGAAGUAAAUAAGCCGAAAAUCAUUUUCAGUUGAUUGGUUGAAAAUAGAGUAAUUUAACAAAACAAUGUUUAUACUAAUUUAUUUACUUUAUGCAUACUAGAAAAACAUUCAAUAUUUUGUUUCUCAAUGCAAAUUCUUCGAAUUAUAAAUAAAUAAAUAAAUAUUUUCACGUAAACCAAACUAGAAUAUUUCAGAAACUAUACUAGCUAAGUGAUACAUUAAAAAUCUAAGAUAUGUGUGAAAAUAAUUUAUAGAAUCAGUUUUACAAUUAUUACUUUUUAAAUACUGAUUUUUUAAGUUUAUAAACACUUUAAGUUAGCAUUAACGAAAUGUUGAUGUUAACUUUUAAAAGUUGUUCUACAACAGCCAUAAGUCCUGAAGACAUCAUAGUAAGUGUAUCAACUCAUAUAGAUUCUAAAAAUCAUAAAUAUUUUAUAAUCCUGUAAAUUUAAGUUAAAUUGUAAGUAAAAAUUGCAAGCUUAGUGAUUUAAAGUAAAAAAUAUAUAAAUCAAUUGAGAUUAAAAAUAUAUUUUUAUAAUAACCUAAAUACGUAAGAAAAAAUAUUUUGGAUAAUAACUAAGGUUUAACAAAUUCUUUAUUCAUUUCACAUUUGACCAUCAUCUCAUACAUAUUUUAGAUAGUAAAAAUAAUAUAUUGUGAGUCUUACUCAUAUCAAAUUUAAUUUACUAUUUAUAUUCUUAUAACAUAGAUGUAGUGUGUCAUAUAUAUAUUAAAUACAAUGUUAGUUAAAUAAUUCCGGGCGUAGCCCGGAUAAAAUCUCUAGUAAAACUAAAAACUUAAGAUAACACAAGAGGAAACAUGAGAAAGCUCUACAUUUACACAACAAACAGAAGAAGACUCUUCAUUUUCUUAAUUUGAUAGUAAAGUCAUUGCCUCAUUGGGGUAUGUACUUCAACCACGCGGCAUGGGGAAGCUCAAAUUGUUUUUGAGUUUCGAUAUUUUGAAACAUCACGGUCAAAUUAAUGUCAGAUAAGAAACCUCUUGCUAUUCCCUAGUCCAAACUCCCAAGUCACAACCUUGGUGGUUCAGUAUGUAAAUAUAUAAGCGAAUCAUUGUCUUCCUCAAGACACAGAACUUGGUUUGAAAACACUCUUCCGCUAUUCUUUUUCCUCAUUAUUGUUUUUUCUUUCCAAUGGAGGAAACAAAGUUUAGUCUGAGACUUCUGGUUGAUGAGAAGAGAAACAAAGUUGUUCUGGCUGAGGCUUGUAGGGACUUUGUUGACGUCCUAUUCAGUCUUCUAACACUUCCCAUGGGCACCAUUGUCAGACUUCUCGAGAAGCAUAACCAGCAGCCAAUGAGAUUAGGGUGUUUUAACAACAAUUACAAAAGUGUUUCAGAUAUGACCAUCGACGAUUUCGAGACUGAGGCUUGCAAAACUAUGUUGCUUUAUCCGAGGAGCACUAAGGAAAUCCAUUGCAGGAGGCUGAAGCUGAACGUAGAUGAUACUGAAGCUACAAAGUUCUUCACAUGCCCACGUUUUCCUAGGAGUUGCAGUAAGUACAGCAACUUUAACACUUCGAGGUGUAGCUGUGGAGGUUUGAUGACAAGAGAGUUUCAAGUUUCAGAGGAAGAUCAACUCGGAAGCCCAAUAGGAAAUAAUGAAGAUGGAGUGUUUGUUAGCUGUCGUUCCUCUUACAUUGUCACUGAUGAUAUGAGAGUGACUUUGAGCUCUCUAGGUGUUAUUUCAAAAGAGCUUAAUCUACUAGGAUAUGCAGAUUUUGAUGACGUUAAAGAGAUUCUUCUUGAUGUUGGCACUCAAGAGGUACCAUCUUCUUACCACACCAUUCAUUUAUUAUGGAUAUGAUUCUUUAUUCUAAUCUAGUAAUCUUAUCUAAAUGUGUAGGUGCUGACUCUACUUGGAAACUUUUUUGCUUCGGACUUUCCGUUAUCACGUACAUUCCUCGGCAAAGAUUUUCUAAAAAGGCCGUCUACUCAUGCAUUAGACGUUGGUUGUGUAAAAGGAGGCCAUGACUGUAAUGUGAAGAUAUUUGUCAGAAAGUCUGACAAGAAGAUUAUCUAUGCAGAGUGCAGUGAAGACUUUAUUGAUUCUCUUCUUGGUUUUCUUGUUCUCCCUCUUGAGUUGGCAUGGUCAUUAACUAACGACGGUUCAGUUUUGGGUUGGGUUGGGAAUUUGUGCCGAAGUGAGUGUAGAGAAGCUUCUUCAGCUUCCACUCCCUUGGCGGUACCUUAUUAUUAUUUAUUUUUUUGAAUUGAAUAUUAAAUUGAAUUCAAAAGAAAAAGACCUUUUUACAUCAUGUGACCUUUCCUAAACUUGUGUGUUAACUCCAUCCCUUUCCUAUAUCAACUUCACAGAUUUUUCAAAAAUUAUAAAACUUCUAUCUUGUAGCAAACCAAUACUGCACCCUUCUCCCAUCUUGAUAUCACCUCUUCUUUGUAUAAUGGUAAGCUUGUUCCUCAUGUUUUUAUCCAGCAACUUUGCUAAGAGUAUCGAUGGAGUUACAGCCUCUCCAUGACGUCUCCUAUUCCUCUCUCUCCAUAUCAUAUACACUGCUGCUUGAAACAUAUAUUUUAUCAGGAACAACUGCAUCUUCCCCCUUGUCAAAUCUCUCAUUAUCCUCAAUAAGCCUUCCCAUCUCUCUGUGUAUGCACCUCGCAAAAUACCUUUCAUCAACAUUCCCCAAACUUGAGC